AUGGAAUCAAGGAAAAAUGGUGUUAAUGAGGUGGCUGAGUGGUCUAAAGCGAUGAUUCGUACUUUUAUCUGGGCUUGUGGUCGUGUCAGCCUCAUUCCCUACACACACUAUGUGUAUGAGAAUGGUGAGGAUGAGGAGCCCCUCUUAAAUUAUGGUGUUGAUGCCGACCUUGUGGAUGGAGAUAUUCUCGUGUCUCUUGAGAGGAAUGCUCGGAUUGACCAAACCUUCCAAUGGAUACUUCCCAUCCCUUACAUUUUGGGUGACGACUUGGAACUGAAUGCUAAAGGUUGCAUCCAUCAGGCUUUUGAAAUGUUUCACCUCAAGUCUUGUAUCGACUUUAAGCCUUACGAAGAAGAGGAGGCCUACAUCAAAUUUGUCAAUGAAAAUGGCUGUUUCUCCGAAGUGGGUAACCAGCGGACAGGUCAGAUUUUGUCUCUGGGUCCUAGAUGUGGCUCCAAAGCUGUGAUUGAACACGAGCUACUUCAUGCUCUGGGAUUUUACCAUGAACAUUCCCGCACAGACAGGGACGACUAUGUAACCAUCUGGCUGGAACACGUUAAAAAAGGGCACGAGGGCAACUUCAAUAUAUACAAGGAUAACCACAUCACAGAUUUAAAUACACCAUAUGAUGAGUCCAUCAUGCACUACAAUCCUUUUGCCUUCAGUAAUUCCACAGAUCCCACCAUCACCACCAAAAUCUCAGAGUUCUUCAACAUCAUUGCUCAUCCUCUAAUUUUUCUGGAUCAGUGCGCAUUUGAGUUUCCUGGCAUCUGUGGGAUGAUCCAGGCAUCCACGGAUGAUGCUGACUGGAUUCAUACCAAGAGCAGUGUGGGUCAAGUGGAUCACCCCUGUUGGGAAAUUGCAGAGACUCUCUACCCCAAAAGGAAACUUCAAUGUCUGCAGUUCUUCUACAAGAUGACAAGAAGCCCCAAAGACAGACUUGUCAUAUGGGUCAGGAUGGGUGAUGGCACAGGCACUGUUCGGAAAAUUAGGAAAUUGCAGACCUUUUAUAUGGAUUCUGAUCCUACAUGGAAGAUUGCCCAUAUCCCAAUGGCAAUUGGGGUGAAAUUUCGCUAUGCUUUCCAAGGUGUGAGUGGUGAUCCCUCUGAAUCUUCUGGUGGAAUCUUCAUUGAUGACAUCAGUCUGACUGAAACGCACUGCCCAAAUGCUGUGUGGAGGGUCCAGAACUUCUCCAAAGUGGUGGAAACAGCUGACAGUAAAACAAAAAUCAAUAGUCCACGUUUCUACAGUCCUGAAGGGUACGGCUACGGUGUGACCCUGAAACCUCUGACACACUACAGUGACUACACAGGAAACUAUACCGGGUUGUACUUCCAUUUGGCCAGUGGGGAGAAUGAUGGUGUUAUGGAGUGGCAGGCAAUAAACAGACAGGCCACCAUGAUUGUAAUGGACCAGGAUCCCAACAUUAAGCUGAGGAUUUCUCACAGCUUCACAACUAAUAUGAGGAAGACAUCAGAUGGAAAACUGUUUUGGGACAAACCUUCGAAGAUGGGAAAGUAUGAUGAGUCCUGUGACUGUUGCAGAGGGUCGGCUCUGGGUUGGAAUAACUUCAUCAAGCACUUUGACCUGAGGCGGCGCAGUUACCUCAAGAAUGAUGACCUCAUUAUAUUCAUCAACUUUGAGGACUUGACACCGCUGAACAAAACAGAGGUGCCAGUGAAGGCAGCAGUGCAAAAGAACAACCCAGGAUUUGGUUCAUGAACUGGAGAUGAGACCUUUUGAUCUUCUUUAAAUGGCUGUACCACCUGCUGUCGCCAUGGCGAUGUGAUGCACAACAUACAGGAUGUGACUGAGAGGUUUCUAAGAAUGUCAAAGAUAAAAAUCCUCUCCUCAAUUUGGGCUCAGAUGCCAACCUGAUAGAAGGGGACAUUUUAUUGCCUGU